GGUCCGCACUGCCUUCUGGGUAAACUGUGUCCAAAAUUUUGAAGAGCGCAUGCGUGCGCUAAGUCUGUCCUUUUGCCUCGUUGCAGCCGAGAGAGCAAGAUGGGUCACCAGCAGCUCUACUGGAGCCAUCCAAGAAAAUUCGGUCAGGGUUCUCGCUCUUGCCGAGUCUGCUCAAACCGGCACGGUCUGAUCCGGAAAUACGGCCUCAAUAUGUGCCGCCAGUGCUUCCGCCAGUACGCGAAGGAUAUUGGCUUCAUCAAGGUAUGCGUCCGCGGGCCGCAUGCUCCUAUUUCUGGGAGAGGCCAACAAGGGGUAGUUCCUUGGUGUGGGCUUUCGGCCAAUGACGUUUUCUGCGUUUAGUUAGCAGCGCUGUUCUUGGUAGAGGAUGACACUGUUCAGGGUUUGUGGCAGCCAUGUGAAUAGAAUGGCGGGGAUGCAGUGAAGGCCUUAAAAGAAGUCUUUGUAAUCCCAUUUUACCAUUUUCGCCAGUUCGAGGUGCCGUGUAAAGUGUGUAUAAAACUAUUUACUUUUAUGAAACCAUGCUAAAAUUCAACAUUAGAUCUCUAAUCCUAUCUAGCUAUUUUUAAGCAAAGUACAUGAGUUGACCACUGUCUUGAAAUGUUGAGUUACGAGUUAGCGUCAUGUAGGGGAAUGAGCUUGAGGUUUGGGGCCAUGUAUGUUUUUUGAGGAUUCAGGCAGGUAGUCAUAAUGACUUGGGUCACGUGUCUUGAAGCAAAGGUUUUACCUGUGGAAGCUAAAUGGCAGUAUUGUUGCAAAAAUUAAUGUAUAUAUGAAGCUCAGAGGUGAAAACAUUUCUUAUUGGGUCUUUGAGCUGCAUCUCUGGCCUUUUGAUUCAUAGUUAGGCCUCAGUAAUUAAGUAGAACCUGCUUCUCUAUAUGUGCUUGGGAGUUGCCUGGUGGCUCAGUUGCUUAAAGAUAUCUGGUGGUGUCACUGCUGUGACAUAAGUUUGAUCCCUGGUUAGAAACUUCACAUGCCGAGAGUGCAGCCAAAAAAGUGUUCUUAUUUUGGUGAAUUACUGUGGGUAAUAAUUGUUCAUGUGACACUUAUGUGACAGAGGCAAAAUAUCUUGAGCUUAAACUUUUGGCUUGGACGAAAUGCUUAACAAGUACAUGUUUUGUGUUACAGUGUGGAAGUUUAAAUAACUUGUCAGUAGCAUAACACAGAUGAGAGAGUGGCUUCAAGUCCACUAAGUUUGUGACCCAUUUCUCAGAUGUUAGGAUUAAAUGAGUUAUGAAUGGCUCCUAGAAUAGUGUCUGGCACACAUUGAGUACCAAGAUAUUACCCAUGUGAUUAGUUACUUAAUGACCAUCUUAUGUAGCAGUGUUUUUCUAGUGGGUAAUUUCUUUGAGCAUAGAAGGGGGAAUAUCAAUAAUGAAAUUCACUGACUAAAAUAUAACAGAUGUGUGGAGCAACUUGAAGUAGGUGUUUAGUAAAUCUUUAGAUGUUGAUAUUUUGGGUGGGUCAGAUUUUCAGGUUAAACUCAUUCUAUAGUGAGCCAUUUUUCUGAGAAUAAAACGUUUAAAAGCAUUUUGAAUUAAUUCAUUUUUCUGUCUGCCUUUUUUUUUUUUUUUUCCAGUUGGACUAAGCUUCCUUGAAUGGGUCAUCCAGGACAUCCACCUUAUGCAGAAACAAUGUUAGUGCUUUGUAUAUAAAAUAAACAUUUAAAAAUACUAA